UACAUGCGCGUCAGGACAAUACACGUAGUAGGCAAAUAAUGCUAUGGUCCAGGGAUUCCAUGCUAGAACAAACAAUAAUGGAAGAAACGGAGUUGCAGUAUCUGAGUGGAUUUGGUAAUGAGUUUGCUUCUGAGGAUCCACGAUGCCCUGGCUCACUUCCAAAAGGACAGAACAACCCUCAGAAGUGCCCGUAUGGACUUUAUGCUGAACAGCUGUCAGGGACGGCAUUCACUGCCCCUCGUGUGCACAACAGACGCUCUUGGUUGUAUCGAAUCCGUCCUUCUGCCGUCCAUUCUGCAUUCAAAUCUUUGGAAAAUGGAAACAUGAGAGAUGAUUGGAACUCCUGGCCACCGGAUCCAAACCAGCUUCGUUGGCAUCCAUUCACAAUUCCUGAUGCUUCUAAAGGAGAAGUGGAUUUUUCACAGGGAUUGAAUACUUUGUGUGGUGCUGGAGAUUCUAGGACAAGAAAUGGAUUGUCAAUUCAUAUAUAUGCCUGUAAUGCAUCGAUGAAGGACAAGUGUAUGUACAGCUCUGAUGGAGAUUUCUUGAUUGUUCCUCAACAAGGCACUCUGUUGGUACUCACUGAAUUCGGAAAAAUGCAAGUUAAACCAAAUGAGAUCUUUGUCAUCCAGCAGGGCAUGAGGUUCUCUGUUCAAGUGAGUGAGCCCUCUAGAGGCUAUAUAUUGGAAGUGUACAAUGGUCACUUUGCUCUCCCGGAUCUUGGACCAAUUGGUGCAAAUGGUCUGGCUAAUCCUCGUGAUUUCUUGACACCUGUUGCUUGCUAUGAGGAGAGGAUGUGUAACUACACGAUUAUCAACAAGUUCCAAGGAAGAAUGUUUGUAGCCGAGCAGGAUCAUUCUCCAUUUGAUGUAGUGGCUUGGCAUGGCAACUAUACACCUUACAAGUAUGAUCUGGACAAUUUUAUGGUGAUAAAUGUAGUGGCAUUUGACCAUGCUGAUCCAUCAAUCUUCACUGUACUAACUUGUCAAUCAUCCAAACCAGGUGUGGCCAUUGCUGAUUUUGUAAUAUUUCCACCACGAUGGUCUGUACAAGAGCACACCUUUAGACCGCCGUACUAUCACCGUAAUUGUAUGAGUGAAUUUAUGGGGCUUAUCAAAGGCAAAUAUGAAGCAAAAGAGGAGGGAUUCCGGCCUGGCGGAGGUACCUUGCACAGCAUGAUGACCCCACAUGGACCUGAUGCUGACUGCUUUCAGAAAGCGUCAAAUGCUGAUUUGAAAGCUGAAAGAAUCGCUGACGGGACUAUGGCAUUCAUGUUUGAGAGUUCGCUUAGCCUGGCGUUGACAGAAUGGGGUAAUAAGACAUGUCUAAGAGUAGAUGAAGACUACUUUAAGUGCUGGCAAGGUUUGAAAAGCAACUUCAACCCUGAUGAAAAACCACAGUUGUCUGAAGCUGGAUCACAGUCCUCUUCUACUGUAAAGACAUUCACCUUUUAGGGGUGAGAGAAGUGCACCUACAUUGCAAUGGACCCGUCUGAAAUAUGACAUUUUUAUGAACAGCUAUCCGUUUCAGAUAUGUCACAUUAUAAUAUGUUGUCUGCAGUUAUCCAUCAAUAGUUCUUAGCAACCUUUUUAACUUCAAAAAUGUAAUGAUGAAAAUAUUUAUCAAUAUUUGUGAUAAAAAUAAGUUCUUCAAUUUUGACUUAUUUCAUAAGUGACAGUCAUGAUGAGUAAGCCUUCUAGGUCUGUCUUUUAACCUUAAACUUUAUUUUAAUCGAGGUUGAUAAAAAUUGGACUUAGACUUAGACUUAUUGUAUCAACAUUGUUUUAAUGAGUUUAUAAUUACCAUUAUUUUAUGGCUCCUGAGUGUAAUAAUUGGUCAUGUGACUAAGUACUGUAUGUAGGUUAUUUAUUUACUGUUGAUGGUUUCACUAUCAACAUAUACAUAAAGUAAAACAGAAAUUAAUACGUUGAUCAAUAAACAAAAAUACAUUUAAUUGAAACCCUUCUCCCCUCCUAUGUGUUGCCCAAGCCUGUCCGACCAAAUUCUUAAAAUCUAUGGUUAGCUUUUUUUUAGCAUUUCCCCCAAAAAUGAGAUCGAAAUACAUGAGGGUUUAAUUUUUUAGUCUGAAAUACAUUUAAUAUAGAUUUUAGCCAGUUGGUUACCAUUUACCAGCCAAAUAGGGUGAGAGAAAGUCAGUUCAGUUCAACUUUAUUUAACCAGAUCAACACAAGAUUGUUCUUCCCUGGGGACUUAAAUACAAUACAAAGUAAAUAAAUUAAAAAAAUUCAAGAACCCUAAAGGGCCAUUUAUGAAAUCAGUUUGAUUCGGAUUACCAUUUUACAUAAAAUGUAGUUUAUGCAUGGUAGGUCUGCCCUUUGUCAUAUUUGGUGUUGUGGUUAAAAAAAAAACUACCUAGAGGUAAAUUUAUUCUAGAUUAAUAAAAAAUGCAUAUAAUAAUAAUGUAUAAUAUAUAUAAGGCUAUAUAUAAUAUAUUGGCAUAAAGAAAAUAAAAGCAAAACUUGAUUACUUCAUAUUAUUAAUUAAAUAAUAUGAAUUAAUCAAGUUUUGCCUUCGUUUUGUAUUUAGCUCUACCCCGGUAUAGACCACUCUACUCCAGAUGAUCUUAACCUUAUACUUCAAUAUAUAUAUACAGUAUUUAUAUACAAACUUUAAACAAUAAAGAAUAUUAUAUAUAUAUAUACAUACAUAUAUAUAUAUACAAUAUAUUCUUUAUUGUUUAAAAUAUUUAUAUAUUCAAGGUUUGUUGCAAGUAUGGUCCAUGUCCAUGAAAAUAGUGUACUUUGAAAAAAACAUAAAAAUGUGUUCACAAAUUUUGGAGCAUAUAGAGUUUAUAUUAAAGAUAAUGAAGUUAUUAAAAAUGACGAAACAUUCAGUAAAAUACAUUAAGUAAACUAGGCCUAUAAAAUAGACAGUUUAAAUGAAUAUUUAAAUGUUUUACUGUAAUCGAAUUGAGAGGUUUUAUAGCACCGACUUGGAAACACCUAGAUUAAAUUAUGUGUUUCUGAUAAUGCUGUACAGUAUAUAAGCCUGUAUUCUUGUCAGGUCUUACCAUAAUAUGGUAGUUAAUGACAACAAAUUGAAGAUAUUUUAACAUUGUGUGUAUCGGUUCCCAUGGCAUUAUUAUGGGAAUGAUCAGUAUCUAUUGAACUGACAAAGUAUAUUGAUAGAACAUUAAUUUAGUAGGGGUACUUUAAACUUCCAAAUUUGUGCAAGUUCCUUCGGUUACUUUGCAUGCAUCUCACAAUAUAUCCAUUUCUGAAAUAUUUAAUUUAUUUAUGUAUAUGCUUAUUUAUUAGUAUUUAUUUUAUGGCUUAAUAGAGUAUAUUCCUGUUUUUGUAUCUAUCCAUAUUGGUAAAUAAUUACUGAAGCAGAGUUCAAUCUCAUGGGUUUGACAUUUUAUUUUACUGGUCUUAUUUUAAAUUCAAAACAUUGUGGAGCUCUCGGGUUUCUAACUCUGAUUAUCUUUUAAUUUUAUUUCUUAUAUCUGUGAUUAUAGGAGCAAUAAAAAAAUGUGAUGAUUUGGA